AUGGAAUCAGUCUUUUAUGACACAAAACUUGAUCCUGGCGGUGAGUUGCAUGAGAAGAUCCUCGAUCACAUUUCGUGGAGAGCAGAGGGCGUUUUCAUCUGGGUUUACGUCGUUCUGCAAAACGUCAAAGCGGGUAUCGAACAGUGGGAUGAAACAUGGGAUGACACAUACGACCGUGCUUCUAUGCUGCCGCCAGAUCUCAUGAAGCUUUACAAAGAUAUGUGGUCUAGAUUGGGUGAUCAUAACGAGAAAUACAUCAAGAGAGCAGCGCGAUACUUCCAGUACUCUCGGGAGAUGUGGUAUGAUUCCUACAUCGGCAGUCUUGCUCUAGUGGCAGACGACCAAAUGUUGGAAGCUUUUUCAAGACCAAAUGAGGUUCCAUCCCUUGGUGAAUUUAUCAAAAUGUGUGGAUUCACCUUGAAUACUCUAUUGCCAGUUUCCGGCGGACUCCUAGAAGUCUACACCCGUUCAAACAACCCCGAAACUGCCAUCGACUUUUUGGAUAGCGACGAAGGGAAGAAGGUGUUUGAAAGGCACGCAUUGGGACCCGGAGACAUUCUCUCAUUAGGCGUCAAAGUAGAACUAGCCCUUCGUUCUAUUUAUCGUCACAAACAUCAUCCUCUCGAAGAAGUCUGGAGUAUCAUGUCGAAAACAUUUCACUGGUCCGCGAGCAAGGAAGACCUCACUCAAGUAUCUAGCGACCUUUUAUCCACGAUUCAUCAAUGUGCACUCAACAAAUCUAGAGGACUUAUUCGGCCACCCUACUGGAUAAAUUAUCAGAACUUCUUUCUGUUUGAAGCAUGCACCUACGGCUUCUACGAAUAUGUUGAAGAAUGGUUGGAAUCCUCUGACGAUUAUGAUUUCACUGCUUCAACUUAUGAUCCGAUCGGCGCAUGCGACGAUCAUGCUCAGAGUAAACGUCCCGAUCCGAGUAAACGAUACCAGAUGAUUCAAGAUAUUUUAAAAAGGUACUCGCGAUCUGACAUGGGAGUCUUGGAACCGUCAGCUGUUCGGGAUGCUUCCGACAAUACCAUGCUGGCUUGGCGUUGCUUCCUGCUGCACGAAGGUGAAUGGCGAUGUAUACACUCUACGAGGGGGAAGGAAGAACAGAAAACGGUAGAAAUUUUGGAAUUAUUUAUCAAAGCUGGGGUAAUGGCAGAGUCGCCAGGGUCGAGAUACCUUGUAGCGGUGCAAUACUCGAACUUGGAGAUCGUGAGAAGGCUCACUGAUGAACAAUCGGACCUCGGAUAUGGAAUCUUACGCCAUCAACGGUCUCGCCCCGAGAUUCCAACGAUAUAUACAGAGCCCAAUGACGCCUUCCUCCUGCAACAACUGUCGAGCAACAUUUCUGGGACAUCGGAGCUCAUAUGA